UUCCCCGACUCGGAAGCUCCUUCAAUAUUCACCAGCUCUCAAUUCAUCCCCUGUAUCACCACAGCAGCUGCUGCUUCUUCUUCCUUUUCUUCUCUCUCUCUCUCUCAAAUGUCCACGAAUCCACACUACAAGGGAGAGCAGAAUGAUUCGACCAUUAAGAAAGAUGGAGACACCGUCAAGAUAGAAGCCACCGCACUCGACGUCACCUGGGGCAACGAUCCCCGCUACUGGUCCAUUGACAAAACCAGAGGAGCUAUCUCGUUGCACCAAGUGUCGUGGCUCGAGGUCAGCGGCGUAUUCGGCAAGAGUGAACUCGACACGGUGAAUGCCGGGCUCGAUACCUCAAAAACCUAUUCAUUGAAGUUUAGAGUGAAGAUGAAGGCGGACGCCUUCGGGUGGAGUGGCUGCCCGGUGUACCUGAUGGUCAAGGAUGGCGACACCAAAAAGUUCAAGUGGAAGAAGGUUGACCUAAGCCGACUAACUGCCGGAACGGAGGUGUAUAUUCCAGAGUCUCCAGACAAGCACACCUUUAGGCCUCCCGCUGACAAACUCACCUUCGGAUUGUUUGAGAUUUGGAGGGGCAGAUGGAAGGGAGGACUCGAGAUCUUACAAGUCAUCAUCGAAAGGGACCAACAAUAAUCGACAUAUACACACAUACACACUUUCAUAUGGUGUGAGCUUAUGCCUAUUUCGUGUUCAGAUUGUAUACGAAUAAAAGUCUGAUGUGGUGGAGAAACGAGGCUUCUCCGUGGUUUGGCAUGUAAUAUAGUACUUUAUGUUUGCGUAACACGAGAAUGACUAAAUGAAUAAACAUGUUCCCUA